AUGGUAAGCGCAAAUUCAACAGCGCUUGCUCGUUGGGAUGCGAAGCUAGGAUUUCAGAAGCAUGUGUUUGUUUCGAGUUUAGCGCGUCUACUUCCAGAUGGUGGGCUUAUUGGGAAGAUCGAUGUGAUUGUAGAGCGUGUCUAUCCCGUGGGCUAUAUGGAAGGUACACUGACCUCUCGGGGCACCGUCCAGUAUGGCGGCCCACAGUACAGUGAGGAUGAAGAAGCUGAGCGUCAUGCGACGUGGGAGUUGCGAUGUGCCGAAACACGUGCCCGGUUUGCUGCCAUUUUGCCGCAACUAAGCAAGGCAGCGGCCUGGCUCGAUUCUCGCACGACGGCUACAGUAUUUCAGCCAGGUGACAGUAAUGACGCUCAUGACGCUGGCGCUAUGGGUAUGUUGGACAUGGAGAAAGCACACGCAUAUGUACGCGAGCUUGAAACGCAAGCCGAUCCGUUCGCAAGCGUCGUGCAGGCCACGGAGUCUGACUCCUACACGAAUGCUUACCUAUCUGCGAUAUUGCACGCACUGCACGAGCGUGUGCACGUGCUGAGCGAGCCUUCUUCCGGUGAGUAUACAUCUGCGCUACACGAGAGGUGUCCACGGCGACACAUUCGAGCUUUUCGAAUUGUGCGCGUGCGAGAUGCAUGGCCCACCCGACGGACUAGCAGACGAACGGCUCAGCUAAGCGUGUGGGGUGACACAGAUGUCUUGGAGGAAGGAGGACGGUAUGAAAUUACGCAGCUCGUACCCACACAGGGACGUUCGUGGCGGGCUCGCGAAUGUGUGGCGGAUGCAUUUCUGUCAACGACACGCGAUACGAGGUAUAUACGCCGCCCACUGUAA